AGAGGAAUGUGAAUGCGCGUAAAGCAACGAUCGAUCCGGGCCGACAACUUGCACCUUGGCAACCGUGAGGGUUCUCCAGAUCCGGCAACACAUUCCACUGAAAGUCAUAGUUGCGAUUAGACUUCUUCGCAAAUCGCAGCAUCAGCUCCAGCCCGUAAACUGUUGGCCAAGGCUCGCUUUGACCGUACCUGUAGCAUCAUACCGUCGGGUAGUAUGGUAGUAUAGCACUCCUCUACACCGGUUCUGUGCCGCGCUGCUCGCAAAGUAUCCUUGCAACCACAGCCCAGAGCAACAGGCCCGAGGUAUUGCUUGCCAUGGGCCAACCUGAGAGUCACAAGCGAAACGACACCCAACCACUUUUCAUCGACGGCAAGCGGCACACCACAAGCGAGACUUUUCAAAGCAUUGACCCAUCAUGCAAUAAGCCUCUCGCGGAUAUAUGCAAAGCAGACAAGCAAGCCGUCCAUUCCGCAGUCGAGGCCGGCCGCAGAGCGUUUGCCAAAUGGUCCACGACACCUCCUAUUGAACGUUCUCGAAUACUACUACGAGCAGUAGCACUCCUUCGAGAACGGAACGACGAGCUCGCCCGUAUUGAAACGAGGGAUACUGGCAAGCCGUUCUCCGAGACCAGCACAGUCGACAUCAUCACCGGAGCCGAUGUGCUGGAGUACUAUGCGAACCUCAUCGCCUCCGGCGGCUUGAAUGGCGAGACGACCCAACUACGGUCUGACGCCUGGCUAUACACGACCAAGGCACCGCUGGGCGUGUGCGCGGGUAUUGGAGCUUGGAACUACCCCAUCCAAAUUGCACUUUGGAAAUCGGCACCUUGUCUCGCAGCAGGCAACUGCAUGGUCUACAAGCCUUCGGAGUUCACACCCUUACAUGGGCUGCCGCUCGCCGAGAUAUACGCCGAAGCUGGCGUACCGCCCGGUGUCUUCAACGUCGUUCAAGGAGCUGGCGAUGUGGGAGCACUACUAACGAGCCACCCAAGUAUCGCCAAGGUGUCUUUCACCGGGCAAGUCUCGACAGGCUGCAGGGUCGCAAGCGCUGCGGCGGCGGGUAUGAAGUACGUUACCAUGGAGCUGGGCGGCAAAUCCCCCUGCAUCAUCCUACCGGACGCGGAUCUGGACGGUGCCGUCAACGGCGCCAUGAUGGCGAAUUUCUUCUCCUCCGGUCAGGUCUGCACGAAUGGCACGCGAGUAUUCGUACCGCAAAGCAUGCUCUCUGCCUUCGAAAGCAGGCUAUUGGAGAAGAUGUCUGAGGUCAGAGCAGGAGAUCUUAUGGAUCCAAGCACCAACUUCGGUCCGCUAGUGAGCAAAGUGCAUUGGGAGAAGGUGGCCAAGUACAUCAAACAAGGCAUCGAAGUCGACCGCGCAAAACUCCUCUACGGCGGACUCGGAGCCCCCAAACUACCUGACAGCGUAAGCAAGAACGGCUUUUGGGUGAAGCCGACAGCGUUCACCAACUGCACCGACUCCAUGAUAAUCGCGCGCGAAGAGAUCUUCGGGCCGGUAAUGUGCAUCUUACCUUAUGCGGACAGCCGACCCGAUCGCAUCGACGACCUGAUACGGCGGGCUAACAACACGCCCAUGGGCUUGGCCGCUGGAGUCUUCACGAAAAACAUUGACCUGGCACACAGGGUCGUGGCACGGUUGGAGGCCGGGAUCACGUGGAUCAACACAUGGGGCGAGUCACCGGCGGAGAUGCCUGUUGGUGGGUGGAAGAUGAGCGGGUUGGGCGUCGAGAAUGGCCGGCGCGGGCUGGAGAACUGGGUGCAAAAUAAAAGUACGCUCGUAGAAAUGGGUGGAAGUGUGGCCACGGUGUUUGCCAAGCUAUGAAUCGAUAUAAUGUGGAAGGAUUCGAUGAACUGUACGAUACAAUGGAGGCAUUACCAAGCCGCUAUACGGUGCAGCCUGACCGUCGCCCAACGCCUCUUUGCCAACGACGAACAGGAAUAACGGACACUUGCUCUAUUGCGUAUCUUGUACGCCCUAAAUCUCCUCGCCCA